AUGAUCGCGAGCCCUGAACUGACUUUCAGGGAUGUGGACUUUCUGGGUGCAUAUAGCACCGGUCUACUUCGACAGUGGAAUGUUAGGCCCGUACAACCCCAAGUUUGCAUACAUAGUUUGAUCCAGGAUCGUUGCCGUAGCCAGCCCGACGCUGAGGCGCUCUGUGCCUGGGACGGUACUCUCACAUAUGCCAAACUAGACGGACUGUCGCUGGCUGUCGGACUCCAGCUGCAGUCCCUUGGCGUGGGUCCCGAGUCAAAGGUCCCGAUCUGCUUUGAAAAGUCGCUAUGGACGGUGGUUGCCAUCCUCGGCGUGCUGAGAGCAGGAGGCGCCUUCGUCCUCCUGGACCCUUCAUAUCCCAUCCCGCGCCUGGAAGAAAUCUGCUCCCAGGUGCAGGCAGACGUCGUGAUCACCUCGGACCCACUGCGGGAAAUGGCCGCGAAUUUUGCCCCAAAAGCCAUCGCGCUUCCGGACACGCUGAGCAAAAUGUCAUAUUUUCCUUGCAAUUCAUCUCUUAAGUCAAAGGUCACCCCUGCCAAUGCGGCCUAUGUUGCCUUCACAUCUGGCUCCACGGGCAAGCCGAAGGGAAUAGUGAUUGAACAUCAGUCUUUCUGCGCCAAUGCGCUUGCCCAGAACAAAGUUCAGAAUCUUGAUAAUAAAACUAGAGCAUUCCAGUUUGCAUCCUACGGAUUCGACAGCAGCAUCCUCGAAAUGCUCAUGACCCUGAUAGCAGGCGGUUGUGUGUGUAUUCCGUCAGAGAAACAGCGACUGAAUGGCCUCGCCGCAGCCAUUAACGACUUGAGAGCCAAUUGGGUGGAGCUGACCCCGUCCGUCGCACGACUCAUCAAGCCCGAGCAGAUCCCCAACGUCCGAUCCCUCCUGCUUGUCGGCGAGCCCAUGGCGCAGGACCAGAUCGUACAGUGGACGGGCAAAGUCCAGUUGAUCAAUGCGUACGGUCCGGCUGAGUGCAGCGUCGUGACCAGCGUACAGCCCGAUGUCCGAUUACAGGACCCGUACAACGUCGGUCGAUCUCAUAGCAGUCGAUGCUGGAUUGUCAAUCGGCAGGACCAUCAUCAGCUUGAACCCCUGGGAGCCGUGGGCGAGCUCCUCAUCAGCGGACCGAUUGUCGGCCGAGGCUAUCUCAACCAGCCCCAGCAGAAAUCUUUUGUAUCCAGCCCCAGGUGGGCGACAGAAUUCGCUAUACCUGCUGAAGAACGGUUCUACAAGACGGGUGAUCUGUUCCGGUACAACGUCGACGACGGCACGCUGCGGUAUAUAGGUCGGAAAGACACCCAGGUUAAGAUUCACGGUCAGCGUGUCGAUCUGCAAGAGAUCGAGCAUCAUGCCCGCCGAUUCCAAGAGCGAAUCGAUGCGGUGGCCGACGUCAUAAACCCCAGUAACACCAAUGGGAGAAAACUGCUUGCACUGUUUGUGACCACCGCAGAGGCAGAUGCAGACCAAAACGAGGCUCUCUUGGCUCCCAUGGACGACGCCUUCUGUGCUUUGUCGGACAGUCUCCAAGAUUGGCUCCGUGAGUGGCUACCUGCUUUUAUGGUACCGACCAAGUACAUUCCAGUGAAGCGCUUCCCCCUUACAAGAACAGGCAAACUGGACAGACUGGCACUGGUAAAUCUAGCAGCUCAGUUCGGAGGAACCAGGGCUCGCGGAGAGACCGAACGAGAUCGAGGAAACGACAAGGAUCCUGGACUGCUCCACAAAGAAGAAAGUAUUCGCGCUCUCUUUGCCGAGGUGUUGGUGUGUCCCGAAAAAGAUGUCAGCGCUCACGAUGGCUUCUACGAUCUGGGAGGAAAUUCCUUGGCCGCCAUCGAGCUGGUGGCGCGAGCCCGGGAUAGAGGUCUGGAGAUCACAGUAGCCGAUGUAAUCCGUCUUCAGACAGUUCAACAGAUUGCCGGAUGUGCCGUAGCGAAUAGGGAUGUGCACACGAUCGCGCCAUUCGCCCUCCUCGAGGAUGUGGAACAGAGCCUAUCCACUGCAGCGGCCCAGUGCCGUGUCGAAAGAGACAUGAUUGAGGAUAUGUAUGCCUGCACACCGUUGCAAGCAGGCCUCGUGUAUCUGUCCAUCAAAAACCCCGGGUCGUUUGUGAGCACAUACCGAUUCUCCUUCACACCUUCAGUGAACUUGGAUCGCUUCCAGGAGGCAUGGAAGCGGACUUAUCUCGCACAUCCCAUGCUACGAACGUGCGUUGUGCAGCUCCAGGACGGUCAACUGCUUCAAGUAGUCAUCAAAGCCAAAGACUUGAGCACCAGCUCCUACGCCACGGAUAAUGCUGAGACCAUGGCAUUGGGGCGGCCUCUCACCCGCUGGGAAGUGCGUCAUGCGCGAGGCAAUAAGCCAGCCGUCUUCUCCCUAACAAUGCAUCAUGCCGUUUUCGACGGGUGGUCCUUCAUACAGGUGCUCGACGAUUUGCAGAAAAAUUAUGAAGGCCACGCGCUCCCGUCACGGCCAUCAUUCAACCAAGUGAUCGACUAUAUCUCAAGGCUGGACAUGUCUGCAGCCUAUCGGUUCUGGUCACAGGAAUUCACCGGCCUCCGAGCCGCGGUCUUCCCGGACUCUUGCAAUCGAUCAUCGGUAGUCUCACCGCGACCAUCGUCUAGGAGCCACCGGAUUCCCCUUGCCACUGCAGAUAAAGACUGGACACUCGCCAAUAAGAUCAAACUGGCCUGGGCCCUGGUCGUCUCCGCCCAGACCGGUUCGAACGAUGUCGUCUAUGGAUUGACGGUAUCAGGCCGGAAUGCUCCAGUUCCGGGCAUUGACUGUAUUGCUGGGCCGACGAUUGCCACGUUCCCCUUCCGCACGCAGCUUGAUCCACAUUCAUCCGUUGAAGAUAUGUUGUUAAGGCUACGCGAGCACGACGUCGCCAUCAUACCGUUCGAACAAACUGGUCUCGCACGCAUCAGCGAAGCUAGCCCGGAGGCCGCCUUGGCCUGUCGCUUCCAGAAUCUCCUGACAAUCCGACUAAGUUCGGUGCAGAGCCCUUCUGCCAUACUGACCGAUCUCCCCGAGAAUGAGCACCAGGAACUGCUGUUUGCCUCGUAUCCUUUGUCCAUCGUGGCUCAACAGCGAGCCGAAUCGCUUGAGAUCAAGGUUUUCUUUGAUAGCACCGUCCUGGAUACGAACCGGGUGCAAAUGCUGUUGGACCAAUUCGCAACAGCCCUACAACAUAUCCUCCGCGAUCCCGGGGCACAGAUGGGGCAACUGAUGACCCAGAAUCCUCCAGAUUGGCACCAGUUGGCGGUAUGGAAUCGGAAGGACAACCCAGAACGUCUAAGGUGCAUGCAUGAGGUCAUUAUGGACUUCUGCCUUACACAGCCCGAUGCAGAAGCCGUAUGUGCAUGGGAUGGCUCGCUCAAGUAUCAUGAACUCCUCUCCUUGUCGCGUGGGGUUGCGGGUCAUCUCCAGUCUCGCGGGUGGUGUCAAGGAACGGUCAUUGGGAUCUGCAUGGAGCGGUCCAAGUGGUUUCCUGUCGCGAUAUUGGGCGUGCUCAUGUCUGGCGCCGCUAUGGUCUUGUUGGAGCCCAAUUUUCCGAUCCCCCGAUUGCAGCAAAUCGUUCAGGAUGCUGAUGCACGAGUGGUAAUCUGCUCCCCGGCGCUUCAAGACAAAUGCAGGAAAAUUGUGGACAGUACCGUGACUCUUACGUCGGAUAUCGUCCUCGCUGAUUACUGUUCUUGGAGCCCAUCCUCGGUGACACCGCAGGAUCCAAUGUAUGUUGCCUUUACAUCUGGGUCAACAGGUACCCCCAAAGGUGUUGUGAUUGAGCAUGGCAUGGUCUAUUCAGUAGUGCAUGGGCACAAGGACGUCAUUUCCGUGUCAAACACCUCCCGAGGCUUGCUGUUCGCAUCGCCCGCUUUUGACAUUUGUCUGGCUGAGGUGAUGUUCAUGCUCGCUGCAGGGGGCUGCGUCUGUAUUCCCUCUGAAGACCAGCGGAUGAACAAGCUGGCGGGCGCCAUGACAGAUAUGAGGGUUAAUAUCGCCAUGCUGACUCCUUCCAUGGCUCGGACUAUUGCUCCAGCGGAAGUUCCAUGCCUACAGACACUCGUUCUUGGAGGAGAAGCGCCUUCGGCGACUGACUUGGCUACGUGGGCGUCCCAGGUGCGGCUGCAUCAAUCAUACGGCCCUGCAGAAUGCACCAUGUACACAACUACCACGGGACCUUUGUCCCCGAAUACUGACCCCAGUAAUGUUGGAUCUUGCCCUAACGCAUCGUGCUGGAUUGUGAAUCCCCACAACCACCAUCAGCUCCAGCCCGUGGGUUCAGUGGGAGAGCUUCUCAUCGGCGGACCCAUUGUCGGCAGAGGGUACAAGAAAAGAACUGCAGAAACCGAGGCAGCUUUUAUUCGCAAUCCAUCCUGGUGUGUGAAAUUCCCCUUUCUGCAGGGACAUCGGUUCUACAAGACAGGGGAUCUGGCUGUCUUUCGACCCGACGGGAGUCUGAGUUUGGUCGGUCGAAAAGACGCGCAGAUCAAGCUGCAUGGGCAACGUAUCGAGCUACGCGAAGUUGAGCAUUGUGCCGAGCAAUACGAGCAACAAACCGCAGCUAUCGCCGGGCUUGUCACGCUCCGAGAGAUCGCAGAACCCAGAUUGGUCCUGUUCGUCUAUAACCCUAAGCAAGCGGACACCACAAGCGUUCGCUUCCCCAACCAUGAACGUCAAGAGCUCUUUCUUCCGCCGUCAAGCGAGAUUCGGUCCCAAUUACAAGGCCUCAAAACGCACCUGAGCCAGCACCUUCCGUCAUUCAUGGUACCCUCGCUGCUUAUCCCUCUGUCACGUCUCCCGCUCAGUCCUAGUGGCAAAGCAGACCGCAAGAAACUGCGAGAGGAAGCAGGGAAUCUGACGAGAGAGAUAGUGACGGAGUAUCUCGGCCAUGCAGCAUCGCACAAAAAGCAACCGAUUACCGAGCAGGAACGUUUUGUGCGAGCCAAUUUCGCCAAGGUCCUUUCAUUAGACGAGGAGUCCAUUGGAGUGGACGAUGACUUUUUUGCUCUGGGAGGUGAUUCUAUUUCCGCCAUGCAACUGCUCACUUUGUGUCGAAAAGGUAAUUUGGCUCUCUCCAUGCUGGACUUUCUCUCUUACAACACGGUGUCUCUGUUCUGUGAACAUGCUUGCUCGACCCAUGAUGAAUCCGUGGCUCCUUUGAAGAAGCAAUCUCAUGAAGCCUCUGCUCCGCGAGAUACCACUUCCAAGGCAGAUGGUCCCCUGGCUGAAUUCCCGGAAGCGGAGAUGCAGUUGAUUCAGUCCCUACUGAACGUGGCAAAUAUCAACGAUAUCGAGGACGUAUACUCCUGCUCUGAUGCGCACGCCGGGGUGCUCGAACUCUACACACCCAACUACUCAAGCACUGCCAUCUUUGAAAUUCGCACACGCAAGGCAGUCACCCUAUCGCAGGUGGUUGCUACAUGGAAUCGAUUGGUGCAGCACCAUGCCGCCUUACGGACAAUGGUGCUGCAUGUUCCUAAUCUGCAUGUGGGAUAUCUCCAUGUCGUCCUUAAACAGGUACCGGCAGAUGUCGUGAUCCUUCCCCGAAGCCAGAAUGUGCGUCAAGAAGUUGAGAAGUUGGAGCCCGUGUCGUCCUGGAAAGCCACACCACCUCACCGCUUGGCUGUUGGCCAAGAGGACGAUGGAACGGUCAUAUUAAGGCUGGAUACGGGUCGUGCGCUCAUCGACGCCAUAUCCAUGGCGAUUCUGCUAGAACGUUUCUGUCUCGCGCUCCACGGCCGUUUCUCUGCUAGCAAAGAGACCCCGUACCGCCAAUAUCUGACUUACCUACGUGGCCAGUCGCGCGAAGAGGCGCUACAGUUCUGGAAACAAACGCUGUCCGAAACUCGGCCAUGUAACCUUCCCAGAGUCCCAUCUGAAUUGCCUCCGCCAUGCAGAUCCCGUCCAUGCAAGGCUCGGUCCCUGCGUCGCAGUUUGCGAGUCGAGCAGUUCGAUCGGCUCACCUCCUUCUGGCGAUCCAACCAUGUCACUCUCACCAACAUAUUCCAGCUGGCAUGGGCCUUGACCCUUCAGCAUUACACAAAGUCCCGCGACGUCUGCUUUGGAACGGUUAUCUCAGGCCGGGACAUUCCCUUACCUGCCAUCUGGCAGAUGGUCGGCACCUUUUUUAAUGUCGUUCCCUGCCGGUUUAUCCUUGAGCACGCGAGCACAGUGCUUGAUACUCUGAGACAAAACCAGAAGGAGAUGCAACGUCGGAAUGAGCACCAGCACUGCUCUAUGCCAGCAGCUGUCCGCCAGGCUGGGAUAGUAGGGGUCGCUGGGCUGCAGCAGCUGUUUAAUACAGUCUUGACCGUGCAAAAUGUAUUUGGGGUAGGAUCUUCGAGAGACAAAAUUAACGGCGACGAGGUUGCCAUGAAACUCGUCGAGUUGGAGGAUGCGACGGAGAUUGACGUCGAGCUCCGCUACUGGGCAUCAAGCGCGUCCGAAGAUUAUGCUUCUCGCAUUCUCAAAUGCUUCCUGCAUCAUCUUGAGGAGAUCCUCCACCACGUGUCGGAGCCACUAAAUGCCAUCGCCGGUUUCGAAUAA